UGUAAUUAUAUAUAAUUACUUGACCUCUUAUCAAUAAAUCAAUUAUUAUGCAAUAAGAAAUGGAGCAACAAUGUCGCAUUUGUACUCAGCAAGCUAAUAGAAAUAUGAUACCCAUAUUUACAGAACGCAGCACCAAAUUGCAAAUGCUUAUUUCUGAUGUUUUUAAUAAAUUAACAGGUUUAAAUAUAGUAAAAGAUUCAUUACCGAAUUGUAUUUGUUGUAGUUGUUUGGGACAUUUGGAAAAUGCUUUUGAAUUUCGCACAAUUUGUAUAAAGUCUGAGGAAAAAUUGAAUAGGAAUCAUGAUAGUAAUGAAUGCGGGGAAGUGGAUAUAAAACUUGAUGAUGAUUGUGAUAUAAACCAUGAUGAUGAUCAUGAUAUAAACCAUGAUGAUGGUCAUGAUAUAAACCACUAUGAUGAUCAUGGUAUAAACCAGGAUGAUGAUCAUGGUAUAAACCAAGAUGAUGAUCAUGAUAUAAACCACGAUGAUGAUCAUGAUAUAAACCACGAUGAUGAUCAUGAUUCCAAGUCUGAGAUUGUUGAUGAAGAUGAUAAGUUUGAUUGUGAUUAUACCAAUGACAAUUUUGCAUCCGACGAUGAGCUACAAAGUGAUGCAAGUGUGGAUGGAAAUCUAUUUGAUUCAAUAGCUAUUGAACCAAAGACAUACAGUUUUCGUAAUGGUACAACCAAAACUAUUGAACCCCUAUUCAACCAAGAUGACUAUUUUGGUUCUUCCAAAGACAUCCUGCAAGACAAACCUAAAAAAAGCAGAAAACUAACAAAUCUAUGCAACAUCUGCGGCAAAGACUUCAAAACCAGACGUUCCCUCAACCACCACAUAAACCGCCACAACAAUAUAAAAGCCUACUCUUGUUCAUACUGCGAUACUAAACUGUGCACAAGUUACAGUCUAAAAAUGCAUGAGCGCAUACACACUAACGAAAAACCAAACAUAUGCACAUACUGUGGCCAUACUUUCCGUACUAGUCAUAAUCUUUUAAUCCAUGUUAGACGACACACCAAAACUUUACCCUAUGUCUGUUCUAUAGAAAAUUGUGGUAAAGCCUACCCAGCUUCUAGUGAAUUAAAACUGCAUGUUCGAAGCGUUCAUCUGAAUGAUAGGAAAUUUAAAUGUGAAGUGUGUGAGAAAACUUAUGUUGCAAAGCAGCAUUUGCAAGAACAUAUGUUGUCUCAUGAGUUGACUGAGAAGAAGUUCUGUUGUCAUCUUUGUAAUAAAUCGUUUUUGAGGAAAGAUGCUUUGAGUAGGCAUCUUAGGUGCUGUCAUGGGAUAUCGAAGAGGAAGAAAAAUGUUUUUGCAACCUAGAUAGAGAUAAAACACAUUGGAGAGUAAAAGUAACUAUUUGAUUAUAUUAAUCAUACAGUAGGACAAGAAAAUUGUUAG